CCCCGCCCCCUGUGCGUACUUCGGUCAUUGUUCGGCUUGAGCUAGCUAGUGUGCUAGUUAGAAUCGUGCGAAGAUUACAGAGGUUUAGACUUCGUGCAUUCAUAUAAGACCUUUAAGUCUUACAGCAGACAUCUGAGAGCUUGUCAAAGCAACAAUGAGCAAAAGGAAAGCGCCACAGGAAUCCCCAAAUGAGGGAAUUACAGACUUUCUCGUCGAGCUGGCCAAUUAUGAGAAAAACGUGAACAGGGCAAUACACAAGUCCAACGCUUACAGGAAAGCAGCAUCAACCAUUUCUAAGUACCCUAACAAAAUCAGAAAUGGCGAAGAGGCCAAGAAACUGGAAGGUGUUGGAGCUAAAAUAUCAGAAAAGAUUGAUGAGUUCCUGCAAACUGGCACACUACGGAAACUGGAAAAGAUUCGUACCGAUGACACCAGCUCUUCCAUUAAUUUCCUCACCAGAGUGACUGGAAUUGGCCCCGCUGCUGCCAGGAAGUUCUUUGAAGAAGGGGUGAAGACGUUAGAAGAUCUGAAAAAGAUCGAGCACAAGCUAAACCAUCAUCAACAGAUUGGACUCAGGUACUUUGAAGAAUUUGAGAAAAGGAUUCCACGUGCUGAAAUGGAGCAGAUGGAGACUUUUAUUCAUGAAGAGUUGAAGAAGGUCGAUACAGAAUAUAUUGGGACGAUCUGUGGAAGCUACAGGAGAGGUGCAGCAUCGAGUGGUGAUAUUGAUAUUUUGCUGACCCACCCAGACUACACCUCUGAGACUGAGAAGCAGCCUAAGCUCCUUCAUGCCGUGGUGGAACAUUUCGAGUCCAUUGGGUUUGUGACUGAUAAUAUGUCCAAAGGAGACACCAAGUACAUGGGAGUCAGCCAGCUUCAGAAGAGCGACGAGGAAGAGGAAGAAUACCUUCACAGGCGUAUUGAUAUCAGGUUAAUUCCCAAGGACCAGUACUACUGUGGAGUUCUGUAUUUCACUGGAAGUGAUAUCUUCAAUAAAAACAUGAGAACUCAUGCUCUGGAGAAAGGCUUCACUCUCAAUGAGUACACCAUACGGCCUGUUGGAGUCACUGGUGUGGCAGGGGAGCCUCUGUUGGUGGAUAGUGAGAGAGACAUCUUUGAAUACAUCCACUACAAAUACAAAGAGCCAAGUGAGCGCAGCCAGUGAAGUUUACAGAUACUGUACAUCUGUACAGCUUUCCUAUAAACAAGAUCUGUGUAUGUAUAUGUUAGUAUACCGUACAACUAUGUUCUGAAAAAAAUAACAACUGUGAAAACGAAUCAUCCCCUUUUUAAUGACUUUUCAACCCAAAUGCAUACACGUCUUGCAAAACAAAAUUAUAAUUUAGAUUUAUUUUUUGUUUGAUUUUCCCAUAACGUAUCUUUGUAAAGACUUAUUGGGCUCUUUUUUUAAAUCAUGCUCUCAACAGUAAUUUUAUUUUUUACAACGCAUAUACAUUUCACUUUUUAUAUAGCACCCUUUAACGCUUUGUUGUUCAAACAUGUUUUUAUAACUGUUACACAUUCAGACACCACAGCGGUACUGCGGUUGUUCUUACUUUAUGUCAAUCACCAUGGACAUUCAAGAAUCCCUGUUUUUAAACUUGUGAGUAUUUAUUUUCCAAUUUGGGCAAACUGAUGAAACGGAAGGAAAGAAUGCAAUAAAGCAAAUGUGAUUUGUGGUUAAGGGGCUCCAUGUUGGACAAAAAAAAGAUCAUCAAUGUGUUGAGAUGUUUUCCAGUUGUUGAUUGAUGUGUGAAUGUUACUAUGGUAGAUUUGUUUCUCUUGCAUGUGGUUGUGUGAACAUUUUUACUUAUAUGAUAUUAUUGUAUCUUCAGUGCUUAUAUGGGUGGCAUUUAGAAAGUAUAAAAGUAAUACAGUUAUUCAACUGAAAUACUGCUACCAUGAACCUUGGUGAUACAGACUUGAAUCUGUAUUGCAAAACUUAAAUAUUAGUAUAUGGAUUCUGUUUAGUUUUCUUUAUGGGGAGGAUUGUAACCUUUUCUAAAAAGAUAUUUAAGAAAAUAAAACCAUGGAAACCUG